GAUAAGUCCACCGGAUGUAUCCGGUACGACAACAGGUAAUCGGACGGGUUAAUGCCGGUUGACGGUUUUUCAGUGGGUUAAAAUCUUACCUUGGUUUAUAUCAAUCCCAUUUUCCUUCCACGGUUUUGACUCACCCUUGGUUAAGUCUUCUCGACCCCUCAUCCCGACACAGACAGACAGACACGAGUAAAAAAAAAACAACAAACAGAGAGAAAGAUAGAGAUAAGGGGGAAAACGUUUUUUUUUAUUUGGUGUUUACGAGCUCUGAAUUUUCAUCUGUUGCUUCUGCUGCAAUUGAUGUAAGGUGGAAAAGAAGAAGAUAGAGAGGUUGUGGUGUGUUUGUUUGCAGAAGGGGAAGUGAAAACGACUUUAGAUAGAUUAAAAAAAGUGGAUUUUGAUUGACUGGAUGCGUGAAUCGAGAAGAUUGUUGAUAAAACUGUGAGAAGUAUAGGUUUGGUGUUCUAAUUUCGUUAGGUUUUCUUUGAAGUCUCAGAGAGAUAGUUGAUUUUCUGUGGAAAAAGGGAAGCUUUGGUUAUUGAUGUUUGAACCGCUGGUAGAUUUGAGUGGGAUUUUAGAUUAGGGCUUUUUUAGUAUAGAUUUGAGGAGUUUGAGAGUGUAGCAGAUGUGAGAUCUGAGCUAAAAGAUUUUUUUUUGAAGAAAUGACUACGUCGGAGAUAUCGAUAAAAGGAAAUUGUGUCAACGGAAGAGGAGAUGGUUUUUCUUCCGGUUAUACUGAGCCACGAGAUACUAGGAACGCCAUGGAAGGGCAGAACGGUCAUUCCGCUCGUACAGCUGCCGUCAGAGAAACCGUAGACCACGAAAGGGCGCUGUAUACGGAGCUAUGGCAUGCAUGUGCUGGACCUCUGGUGACGGUCCCUCGCGAAUUAGAGCGCGUGUUCUACUUUCCUCAAGGUCACAUAGAACAGGUUGAGGCGUCUACUCAUCAGGUAUCAGAACAGCAGAUGCCGGUGUAUGACCUUCCACCAAAGAUCCUUUGUCGUGUGAUUAACGUACAACUAAAGGCUGAACCGGAUACUGAUGAGGUUUUUGCUCAAGUGACUUUGCUUCCUGAACAUAAUCAAGAUGAGAACAUGGUGGACAAGGAGCCUCCCAUUCAUGAACCCCCUCGGUUCCAAGUGCAUUCGUUUUGCAAAACCCUGACUGCUUCAGAUACGAGUACCCAUGGUGGAUUUUCAGUGCUCAGGCGGCAUGCCGAUGAAUGUCUUCCACCACUGGAUAUGUCGCUGCAACCUCCAACACAGGAGCUGGUUUCUAAGGAUUUGCAUGGAAAUGAGUGGCGAUUCCGGCAUAUCUUCAGGGGUCAGCCACGAAGACACUUGCUUCAAAGCGGUUGGAGUGUUUUUGUUAGCUCCAAGAAGCUUGUUGCUGGGGAUGCAUUUAUAUUUUUAAGAGGCGAGAAUGGAGAAUUACGCGUUGGUGUACGGCGAGCAUUGAGACAACAGGGCAAUGUUCCUUCAUCGGUUAUAUCAAGUCAUAGCAUGCAUCUUGGUGUGCUAGCGACAGCAUGGCAUGCCUACACUACCAGAACCAUAUUCACUGUGUAUUACAAACCCAGGACAAGUCCAGCUGAGUUCAUUGUUCCAUUUAAUCAGUACAUGGAGUCGGUAAAGAACAAUUACUCAAUAGGGAUGAGGUUCAAAAUGCGAUUUGAAGGUGAAGAAGCUCCUGAACAGAGGUUUACUGGAACAAUAGUUGGCAUCGAAGAUGCUGAUCCAAAAAGGUGGCAGGGUUCCAAAUGGAGAUGCCUGAAGGUGCGAUGGGAUGAAACGUCUACAAUACCUCGUCCGGAGAGAGUUUCUCCUUGGAAAAUUGAACAUGCUUUGUCUCCUCCUGCCCUUAAUCCCCUUCCAAUGCCCCGGCCAAAAAGGCCUCGAACUAAUGCUGUAUCUUCAUCCCCUGAUUCCUCUGUACUUAGUAGGGAAGGUUCUUCCAAAGUUACUGUAGACCCUUUGCCGGCCAGUUCAUUUUCAAGGGUCUUGCAAGGUCAAGAAUUCUCGACCUUGAGAGGCACAUUUGCUGAGAGUAAUGAUUCUGACACUGCUGAUAGGUCAGUGAUGUGGCCACCUUCAAUAGAUGAUGAGAAGAUUGAUGUAGCUCAUGGUGAAAGAAAAUUUGGGCCAGAGAAUUGGAUGCCCUCUAGGAGGCAUGAACCAACUUACACAGAUUUGCUCUCAGGUUUUGGGUCGAAUGCUGAUACAUCGCGCGGAUAUUAUCCUUCCUUUGUUGAUCAAACUUCAGUAGCUGGUAAUUCGGGGAAAAAACAAUUACUAGGUCAAGAAGGGAAGCUUGGCUCUUGGUCCCUCUUGCCAUCUGGUCUCUCACUCAAGUUGUCUGACAGUAGUACAGACCCUCCUUUGCAAGGUUCUGAUGUGCCUUAUCAGGCGCGGGGAAAUGGUAGAUUUAGUGGUUUUGGUGACUACCCUAUACUUGAAGGUCAUAGGAUUGAAUGCUCACGUGGUAAUUGGUUGAUGCCUCCCCCAACCACUUCUUGUUAUGAUAAUUCAAUCCAUUCAAGAGAUUUAAUGCCGAAAACAUCAUUGGCUCAAGAGCAUAAGAAUGGAAAAUCUAGAGAAGGGAACUGCAAGCUCUUUGGUAUUCCUCUCAUAAGUACCUCUAGCGCAUCAGAGCCUGCAGUCUCUCAUAUUAGUGCUUUCGCCAAGCCUGUAGGACAUAUGCAAGCUGCAUUGCACCAGUUUCAUGCACUUGAAUCUGAUAAAAGGUCUGAAAAUUCAAACGCCUCCCAGAUGGCAGAGGAUGUUUCUGCUUUUAAUGAGCAGGAGAAAAUAGUGAAGCUGGGUCAGCCCCAUGCACGGGAGUUUCAAAGCAAACUGUCUACUGCUUCAACUAGGAGUUGUACUAAGGUUCUCAUGCAGGGGACUGCUCUUGGAAGGUCUGUGGACCUUACUAAGUUCAACAACUAUGAUGAGUUGAUCGCUGAAUUGGAUCAAUUAUUUGAGUUUGGAGGUGAAUUAAUGGCCCCUCAAAAGAACUGGCUUGUUGUUUAUACUGAUGAUGAGGGUGAUAUGAUGCUUGUUGGAGAUGAUCCUUGGCAGGAAUUUUGUGCCAUGGUCCGCAAGAUUGGUAUCUACACUAGGGAAGAGGUCCAGAAGAUGAAGCCAGGGUCGUUGGGUUCAAAGUUUGAGGACAUUGCAAUUCCCACAGAAGGUACAGUUGCAAAAGAAGUGAACUGUCCAUCAGCAUCUAGUGCAAAGAAUUGUUCAGGGUAACUCUCUAGGUUUUUGAUGGAGACAUGAGGAGUGGCAUAAUAAAAUUUCUGUCCUGUUGGUAAGAACAUGAACUACUCAAGUUAAAAACUGGUUUGCGAUGCUAUUAGCAUCAAGUUUGCCUCACCAAUCAGAAUCCAGAUAUAAGAUAAGCACGAAUGGUCUGAUCCGAUUUUGGAUGAUGUUGUGGCAUCAAUAGCGUAUGGUGUUUUUCAUUUUUAUUUUUAUAUAUACAUAUAAAUAUGUAUACCCGAAUCUGAAUUUCAUGCAUGGCUCCACCGGCCUUGCUUUUGCAACCCCCCCCCCCUUCCUAUGUACAUAUAAGAUGUUUCAACCCCCUUUUUCUUCAAGCUGUGAAUGUAAGUAGGGUUAAUACAGCCACCUAAUGUGUUUUCAAUUAAAAGUAAUACUUUUUUUUAAGUCAAAAAA